UUCUCCUUCGUUGAUAGCCUUUCGUCCGCUCACAGAAGCCUCUAUUUCCAGUUCGUUUCGAACCAGCUGGUUGGGGGGCAGCCAUGGAAGAUCAACACAUGCAUGGGGAGCCGUCGAUCUUUGUUUGGGGAGUGCGCUGCAAAUCCAGCCGCACUUUUGCUCUUCGUCUGAGAGAUUUCUGGUGGGAAGAUUUUUCAUCCUUUCUACAGCCUUCCAUUCAGAUUUCCAUCUCUCUUGCUUUCGAAUUUCUGCAUCUUUUGUCUUCAGGUGACUGUUUGUGUGUGAAGAAAGGCUUGCGAUUGCCCUUGCUGCUGUUGUGGGACAGAGUUUGUGCCUUUGCGAGCUCUAACCGAAGCCGGGAAAAUUGUUCUAAAGUAAAGAUUGAGUUUGCUGAGGAGGAGUUUAGUUCAAAGUUUGUCGUAUUGGGCAUGUUGAAAUCAGAACAAAUCUGAUGCUGCAGCUGCUGUUUUGACAUAAUAUUCCUGAAACUGAUUGCAUAAUUUGAAUGUCUAACUUUGCAUCUGUUAUUAGAACUGGUUGUGCUAGAGAUUGUUCAUGGUCAUUUUAUUUCUGGGGUUAAAAGAAAAAAGAUGAAGCAUGGAAAUCACUUUUUCGAAAAAGUGCUUUUCCCUCACUUUUUUUGGGCUCAUAUAGAUAGUGCCAACAGAGCAGGUUUCAAUUUUCAAACAGAGGAAAACUCACAUGGGCUUUUGGCAGAGAACCAGCAAACCAUAAUUUCUCCAGUUUAUUAUUGAAUGAAAGAGAGAUUUUCAAACCAGCAAUGUUGAGUUUUCAGUUUGAGCCUGUGGGGGAUGCACAAUCUUCAGUUUUGCAUCCCCUCAACUUUUUAAUGGAUUAAUGAUUUGGUGAUGGGUUUCUAAGCAUAUUGUCAAAAUCUUUGAUUCCUUGACCAAAUUGAUUAUGCUGCUGUGAUAAUCUGUUGUAGUCAAUAUUGUUGUUGUGGGAAAUUAAGCAUGCCAAUUUCAACAAUUUGUAAUGAUCUUGCUGUUGUAAUGGGUUGUUAAUUUGUUGUUGUAAUGAUAGGAUUAGAUGAUUACAAUAUCUUGGACAUGGUUUUCUUUUGUUUGUUGUAAAAUAAAACAUAAGCAGAAAACCAUGUUUAACAAACAUCAAUUUCUAGGGUUAGGGUUUUCGUUUUAUUCUCAAAUGAUUUGAUGGGCAACACGAUUUGUUCAGGAUGACUCUGCAUAUAUAUAUUUGAUUAAUUGAGGGGUCGAGAUUAUAAAUGAGAACUCUCAUAUGAGUUUUUGAAAUUCUCUGUUUUUUACUUUACAGGAAAAAAUGGAAAAUUGUUAUUGAUUAUAUUAGUAUAAUUUGUUUAGACACCGUCUUCCUAGGAUUUUAUUGCUUUCAUAGUUUAUUUUCUAUGUUUUUCUUUUUGAUUCAUUGCAACUGAGAUAUUCGAGUUAUCUCAGCCUUUGAUUGUUGCUUUUGAUAUGUGUGAAUGAUGUGCAAAUUCAUAAAAACAAUUGUAUUAGUUGAUCAAUCAAUUAUAAUGAAUGAUGUUAAAAAAAAAAUAGUUAGUCUUGACCAAAA